AUGAAAGCGUCUAGUCUUCCCAUCUGCCUUCUCUCUGCUGUGUUUUAUCUCUUCUGGACACCUUCUGCUGGGCUGAAGACACUCCAUUUGGGAAGUUGUGUGAUCACCACAAACCUUCAGGCAAUGCGAAACGGGUUUUCUGAGAUACGGGACAGUGUGCAAGCCAAAGAUGAAAUCAUUGACAUCAGAAUCUUGAGGAAGACUGAGUCUUUGCAAGACACCAAGCCUGCAGAUCAGUGCUGCCUCCUCCGCCAUGUACUGAGACUCUACCUGGACAGGGUUUUCAAAAACUAUCAGACGCCUGACCACCAUAUCCUCCGGAAGACCAGCAGUCUUGCCAACUCUUUUCUUACCAUCAAGAAGGACCUCCGGCUCUGCCAUGACCACAUGACAUGCCCUUGUGGGGAGGAAGCAGUGGAGAAAUACAGCCAGAUUCUGAGUCACUUCAAAGAGCUUACGCCUCAGGCAGCAGUGGUGAAGGCUUUGGGAGAGCUGGACAUUCUCCUGCAGUGGAUGGAGGAGCUGGCCUAG